AUGUUGCACAGAACUAUCGCCUUGGCGCUUCUGCUUCUGACGUCAUGCGAAGCAUUUCGGAUCCUCGUGGUAUUCCCCAUGGCUUCCAAGAGCCACAGCAUACUAGGCCAUGGCGUGGUCAACCAUUUGCUGCAGGCUGACCAUGAGGUCGUACACGUUACUGCUUUUCCACGUGACAAACCAGUGCCAAAACUGAAAGAGAUCGUUGUUCCUAACCUCUUCAUGGCAAUCGCUAAAGAAGAUCCAGCUGGAUUCGCAGCCUUCAAUUUGCAGAACAUAGCUAACUCGGGGAACCCCGCUGACUCAUCGUUUUUCUUCAACAUAGUGUUCAACUUUCACAAGCUAUUUUUUGAAGAACCAAAGAUUGUAAAGUUUCUCAGUGAUCCACAGGAGAAGUUCGAUGCAGUAAUUAUCGAGUGGUUCUUCUCUGAUGUAAUUGCCGGUGUUGCCCCUCUAUUCCAAUGCCCGUUGGUAUGGGUGGGUUCCACGGAAGCCCACUGGCAGGUGUUGAAGCUGGUAGAUGGAGUUACCAACCCUUCGUACAACGCUGACGUGUUCUCGGCGAACACACCGCCUCUAACCUUCUGGCAGCGAGUCCAAGAACUUUGGACAAUGGUCAAAAAAAUUGUUAUGACCAGCUUCAUUAUAACCCCGAAAGAAAAAACAUUAUACGAUUCCUUCUACCCAAAAAUAGCUGCUUUACGAGGGGUACAGAUGCCUUCAUACGACGAAGCUGUAUACAAUGGGUCACUUCUUCUACUGAACUCGCAUCCGUCUAUUGGGACUCCGUUUAAUUUGCCUGAAAGUGCAAAAUAUGUGGGAGGGUACCACAUUGAUAGCAAAGUGCCACCUUUGCCAGAAGAUCUCCAAAAGUUGAUGGACAACGCCAAACACGGGGUUAUAUACUUCAGCAUGGGCUCAAAUUUGAAGAGCGUCGACAUGUCAACAGCGAUGAGAGAUUCCCUAUUACAAAUGUUUGCCAAGCUCAAACAAACAGUCAUAUGGAAAUUCGAGGGCGAACUCGAUAAUGUUCCGUCAAAUAUUCAUCUCGUCAAGUGGGCACCGCAACAGAGCAUUUUUGCUCAUCCCAACCUAAAGUUCUUCAUAACCCACGGCGGGCAGCUAUCCACCACCGAGGCGGUACACUACGGAGUGCCCGUGAUCGGCAUCCCGGUGUUAGGAGACCAGUACGUGAACAUGAAGGCUGUAGUGCGGAAAGGAUUCGGUAUCAAGAUCCAGCUGGCCGAGGAUAUGGCCAAAGAUAUUUAUGUGGCGAUCCAGAAAAUGCUAGCGAAUCCUUCGUACAAGCAAAAGGCAAAAGAAAUAUCGCAGAUAUACCACGACCGUCCAGUACCCCCAGGCAAAGAGCUGGUGCACUGGGUGGAGCACGUGGUGCGCACGCGCGGCGCGCCGCAUCUGCGCUCCCCCGCGCUGCUGCUGCCCUGGUACCAGAAGAUGUACUUAGAUCUCGUUGUAUUAAUUAUAUUAGCCCUUUUGAUAUUAAGAAACUGUAUUCCGAAAAAAUUAAAACAGACCACACUGAAAAAGAAGGAAAAGAAAAAAUAG